GGCACCACACUCCAGGAGCUGCUGGCUCGCCUGCCUGAGUUUCGCUUUUCUUUUCCUGCAACAAGGAGGCAGUCAGGGAGGUCGGACGAGGCCAUUCUCAUCUGUUGAGGCUGCUCCCAUCCUCUGCGACCCCUGUGUAGGAAGAGACCAAGGCUGCAUACAGGACAUGGCGCAGACAGCAGUGCCAGGCAGCUCCCUGGGGAAUAACCGUCCCACUUAUAUCUACAAGAUGGUCCUGCUGGGGAGCACAUCAGUGGGAAAGUCGAGCCUUGCCUACCGAUAUGUGAAAAAUGACUUCAAGGAGUCGCUGCCUACUGUAGGAUGCUCCUUCUUCACACAGACAAUCCAACUGGAGACAGCCACCAUCAAGCUGGAGAUCUGGGACACGGCUGGCCAGGAGAAGUAUCACAGUGUCUGUCACCUCUACUACCGUGGUGCCCACGCUGCGCUCCUUGUUUACGACCUCACUAACAAGGAAACACUCAACAGAGCGAAGCAGUGGCUGAUGGAACUGGAGAAGGAGUUCCUUCCUGAUGAAAUUGUCAUUGCUUUGGUGGGCAACAAGACGGACCUGGCUGAUGAACGGGAGGUUGCAGCUGAGGAUGGGGAAGAGUUUGCAAGGAGCAGAAGCCUGCUCUUCAUGGAGACGUCUGCAAAAUCCAACCACCAAGUAAAUGACGUCUUUAUGGCCGUAGCACAUCUGUCCUCCAAGUGACAUUGCCAUGCUGGUUAGAAGUUGCUGGGAAGUACCUACAUGGCACCAGUGGGGUGGGACAGAGCAGCAGGUGCAUCCCAACAUACAUUGGCUGACCCCAUGCCCUGGCAAGAGAGGUGAUGCCCUGUGGCUUUGUGCUCCCCAUCAGCCCAAGAGCUCCUACGGCGUGAAGGCAAGAAGGCAGCUGUCCCAUCCACAGGCGACAGGCAGCGCUUGGACCUGCAGGCAAGCAGGACAAGGAGGGGGUGCUGCCAUGUCUGAGGGGCCAUGGGUUCCCCACAGCAUCUGGGACUGGACCUUGUGCUAUUGACAAAGGGGUGACAACGCAGCCAACGUGUAGCAACGAUCCUUCUGCCCAUCUUCUGCAAGUGAAUUCAUGCAGUACGUGCAGACCCUCAACAGGGUCCCAUGAUGGUGUUCUCCAAGAGGUGAGUGGGAAUGUCCCCUGCCAAGAAGAAGCCCAGCUGGGGACAUCCCUCUGCCCCAGCCAUGCAUCAGCUCCCCCAGACUCAAGAGAGUUUGGCUUGUGGAGCACAUCCCAACAACUUCAAGACUUGACUGCCAAUAAAGAUCAACUCGUCUUAGCCACA